GCAGUCGGGGGCGUCCCGCGAUUGGGGGGUGUUUGGGACUGUGUUUUAGUAGCUUUCUCGUAGCUGUAGGUUCUAGGGAUCGCGGGGGAACUGCUGCAGCGCUGGGUCCUGCCAUCACACGGAAGCGGCCUCUCUUCCAAGAUCUAGCUGACCCGGACAAGCCCCAGACUUUUCAGAAAUUGGAUCUAGAAAUUCUCCUAUGAUUGCUUUUCUGUGCAAAUCUGUACUUCAUAUCCUAUAAUCAUGGACUUGUUUAUAUGACUCUUCAAGCUCAUAACGCAUCAACUGACCAAACUUCACAAUUAAUUACUUGCACUGGAUAUGAUGCUGUUCUUUAUUUUGGGACUGCUUGUACAUUGCGUGUUCUUCGCCUCCAUCUUUGACAUUUAUUUUACAUCUCCUUUGGUUCAUGGAAUGACUCCUCAGUUUACACCAUUGCCUCCUCCAGCUAGGAGAUUAGUUCUUUUUGUUGCUGAUGGCCUGCGAGCAGAUAAAAUAUAUGAGUUAGAUGAAAAUGGAAAUUCUAGAGCACCAUUUAUUAGGAGUAUCAUAAUGCAUGAAGGCAGCUGGGGGAUAUCGCACACCCGUGUGCCAACUGAAUCUCGGCCAGGUCAUGUAGCCCUGAUAGCUGGGUUUUAUGAAGAUGUUAGUGCUGUUGCCAAAGGAUGGAAAGAAAAUCCUGUAGAGUUUGAUUCUCUUUUUAAUGAAAGCAAGUAUACAUGGAGCUGGGGAAGCCCAGAUAUCUUGCCUAUGUUCGCCAAAGGUGCUAGUGGAGACCACGUGUUUACACAUACUUAUGACUCUGAAAACGAGGACUUUGGUUCCCAAGAUGCAUCAAGACUGGACACCUGGGUUUUUGAUAGAGUUAAGGAAUUCUUUCAUGCUACCAGAAACAACCACUCUUUGUUUUCUCAAGUAAAUGAAGACAAAAUAGUUUUUUUCUUACAUUUGUUGGGAGUAGAUACAAACGGACAUGCUCACCGACCAUCAUCUAGGGAAUAUGAGGAUAAUAUUAAGGUAGUUGAUGAGGGAAUAAAAGAAAUUGUGUCUGUUUUUAACCAUUUUUAUGGAAAUGAUGGGAAAACAGCAUUUAUUUUUACUUCUGAUCAUGGAAUGACAGACUGGGGUUCCCACGGGGCUGGUCAUCCUUCAGAGACAUUAACACCUUUAGUCACCUGGGGAGCUGGAGUUAGGUACCCCCAAAAAGUGUCAGCUCAACAAUUUGAUGAUGCAUUUUUGAAAGAAUGGAAGUUGGAGAACUGGAAGAGGCAAGAUGUCAAUCAGGCUGAUAUUGCACCAUUGAUGGCGUCUCUUAUUGGAAUUCCCUUCCCCCUUAACUCAGUGGGAACCCUUCCUGUGAAUUAUCUUAACAACACUGAUUUCUUCAAAGCAGAGAGCAUGUUUACAAAUGCAGUACAAAUUCUUGAACAAUUCAAGGUGAAAAUGAAUCAGAAAAAAGAAGUUACUUUACCAUUUUUGUUUACACCAUUUAAAUUGCUUUCUGAGUCUAAACAACUCAACAUUUUAAGAAAAGCAAGAUCUUAUAUUAAGCAGAAAAAAUAUGAUGAAGCCGUCUCGCUUUGCAACGAGCUGAUUCAUCUUGCACUCAAAGGAUUAUCCUAUUACCAUACUUAUGACCGAUUCUUUUUGGGCAUCAAUGUUAUUCUUGGUUUUGUGGGAUGGACGUCAUAUGUGUCUCUGUUGAUCAUCAAGUUUCAUUCUAACCUCACCAGAUGUGCUAGUAAAGAAAUUAAGAAACCAAGCCACCUCCUGUCAUGUAUUUUUAUAGCUAUUGGCAUGUCAGUAGUAUUUUUCUUACUGAUUCAAUCUUGUCCCUGGACUUACUACAUAUACUGUUUGUUGCCAGUGCCGAUAUGGUAUGCAGUGCUCAGAGAGUUUCCGGUUAUUCAAGACCUUUUCUCAUCACUAACCUGUCCACUGAGUCAUUGUGUCGGGUAUCUGCUGCUCUUCACUCUGGGAAUUGAAGUAUUAGUUCUCAGUUUUUUCUACCGCUACAUGCUUACAGCUGGACUUAUUGCAAUCGCUGGUUGGCCAUUUUUCACUGAGCUGUGGACUCGAGCAAAGAGCACCUCGCUGACUUGGAGUUUCUUCUCCAUGCUCCUGGCAGCGUUCCCGCUGAUGCCUGUUGUAGGUCGAAAGCCAGAUAUCUUUCUAGUGAUGGGUGCAGGCUUGUUGGUUCUGCUGCUGGCCCUGUUUGUUGUAGCAUCACUGGUAAAAAGAACAGAUAGCUUGGUGAGUGGACAGCUACUGUUGCAUCUGGUACAGAUACUGAGCACAGUGUUCUCCAUGUACGUUGUGUCCAGCACCCAAAACAGUCUCCUCAAGAAACAAGGACUGCCUUUUCUGAAUCAGAUCAUUAGCUGGUCAAUAUUAGCCUCUUCCUUCAUCCUGCCUCUGCUGAGCUCUGCGCUUCUCUUCGAGCGAUUAUUCAGCAUCCUUCUCUCCUCGAUGGCGACCUACCUGCUACUCAGCACAGGGCAUGAAGCUCUCUUCCCUCUAGUGUUGUCAUGUUUAAUGUUUGUCUGGAUACACAUGGAACAUGAAACCCUACAACAAUCUGGUGUCUCCUGUAAACAGAAGGUCAAUAGCACCCAGUUUGCGUACAGUCCUGAUAUAAUUCAGUUUCGACAGCUCGGCCUCGAUGACAUCAGGAGGGCCUUUUUCCUUGUUUUCUUCUUAAUGACGGCAUUUUUUGGAACUGGGAAUAUAGCUUCUGUCAACAGCUUUGACCUUGCCUCAGUCUAUCGCUUUGUGACUGUGUUUAGUCCUUUUGUGAUGGGAGCUUUGAUGAUGUGGAAGAUUUUAAUCCCCUUUGUUCUUGUGAUGUGUGCUUUUGAAGCCGUUCAGUUGACCACCCACUUAUCAUCAAAAAGUCUUUUUCUCAUGGUUCUCGUCAUAUCAGACAUUAUGGCUUUGCAUUUUUUCUUCUUGGUCAAGGAUUAUGGAAGCUGGCUUGAUAUUGGAACAAGCAUCAGCCACUACGUGAUUGUCAUGUCGCUGACCAUCAUGCUGCUGCUCCUCAAUGGCCUGGCACAGCUGCUCACCACAAAGAAACUGUACCUGUGCCGCAGAGGCAAGAGCCAUCUCAUAUGACGUCACUAAAGCCGUUGGUCAGCGCUGGGCCGUUUCUCAUUCUCCUUUUGAACUGAACACGGAUCCAGGAAGAAGAUAGUGGUGAGGGCACGUGCUGCCCCUAUAACGAAGACUGUGUGUGCGUUUCUGCAGGCCCAGGCUGUCUGCAAAAAGGAACUAGCAUUUCUUUAGGAAAUAAUGGUCACGCAUGAAGAGCGUUCAUGUCCGUGGAAAGCACAGCAAAGCAAUGUCCCAUUGUCUCGUUCCCCUUAGCUGGCAGUUCUCACAGAUGCUUCAGAAUCCUGUCACCGUCUGGUCCCCAGUCUACGGCUUCUGGUGCACAAAAAGGCGGGUGCUCUGGGGGUACUGAAGGGGGAGGGCAGUAGUGACCACAGCCCAGGUCAGCGCCACAGCUGAACUUGAAGGGACCCGUAAGAAAUGUUUAUUUGCUCUCAGCACUGGUUUUGCAAGUAAUUCUAACCUCUAAAUGAUAACUCUAAAAAGACGAUCAGGGUGUGUUCUUUGGAAUUUUCUAAAAUUUUAGGAGAGAAAAAAAUGUGUGCGGUGUCUUAGACUUCCUAGUGCUGCUUCUGGGGUUUCCAUGGCCAGGCGGCUAGAAUCAGGUUUACCGUCACUUUCUUUUUCAUUUCUGGAUUCUCAUGGAAUUUCAAGAGAUACCAAGGAAGUAACUGGUACUUGUGUCCUGUCCAUGGGGAAAUUUUUCAGUUUCGUUUUUAAUUGGAGACUCUCUAUUGUGUUAACGAAUUCUUUUAAUCAAUGACCAAACUUUCUGACAGUAUCAUAGAAAAUAGUGUUAAAUUCUUUCAUUUGUGGUUAACAUACAAUGCCUGUUUUUUUAAGACCAGUGUGAUAAGUUGAGGUUUUGAUGCAAAAGUCAAUGGUGUGUGUGUGUGUGUGUGUGAUUGUGUGUGUGUGUGUGUAAAGUAUGAAGGUUGUAGCCAAAAGGUCUGAAUUUCUCUCACGAAAGUUGUAUUUCCAUUUGUAAACUAACUCCAGUGGAGGAGAUAUUUUGAGAGUAAUUUUUAGGGAUUUCUCAUAAAGCCGUCUUUACCCGUCACUGCAGACUGCCCUUUGUCCCGUGUGGGCGGGAGAUUUUAGCUAACGCUAGGCAUCAUUGGUCUGAGUCCCAACUUUAGAAAAUAAUUGCUUUUGAAUUAAGCUACAGUCUUACUACUUCAUUAAUAAUGAGGAAGCUGUGUAUCAAUUACUAGGCUUCAAAUUCUCCAUGAACUUGUUUACAUUGCUUCAAAGGGUUUUUAAUCUGCUUUAUCACAAAUUAGAACUGACUUUAUAAAUACCUUUAACACUUUAUAUGUCUAGUCUUUCCUUUCCCAGAUAUUUUUAUGAUGAUGCUGUAAAAGGUACUCAGGGCUUUCUACCUUUAUUCUCCAGUGUAUAUCUGUUUCUUAAUGUUGUUUCAAAUUGGUGUGAGUUCAGGGAGCAGGAACAGGUGUCUACAGCUGUAAGCCUGCCUAACUGCUAUGAUCAGUCCCUCAGAUUUGCCUCAGAAUAGAGCUGUCAUAAUUACAAGGGUCAAACUUGAGAAACACCUUGUCAGAGGUAAACAGGUGUAUUUGUUGACUUGGUUUGUGCUUAGAGAAGGGAGGGCGAGGAUAGUGGCCCAGAUUUCCACUUGCUUGACUACAAUACUGUGUUAGGGAGUCUCACUCCUUACUGCUAAGCAUACUACACACUACACACCCACCCACCCACUCAACACACACACUUACACCACCAUUGACUUUUGCACCAAAACCUCAAAUUAUCACACUGGUCUUAAAAAACAGGCAUUGUAUGUUAACUGAAUCUUUUUCUGAAAACUGGAAAACCAUUUUUAUUUUAACCCUUUAAGGUGGGACAGAAGAGGCCUGCUGUGCCCUGUGGGUCAG